UGCUGUCUUCCUCUCGUACAUUGUAGUAGUUUGAAUUCUUUGUUACUUGAUCCUUCUCUCUCUCUUGUCUCUGAGAAGCUAUCAAUGGAGCGUAGCAUGCGACUGUUUUCAGCUCUUCUUGUGCUCAUGUUAAUUUUCAUGGCUACUGAGAUGGGGCCGAAGGUGGCAGAGGGUAGACUUUGCGAAUCACAGAGCCAUCACUACAAAGGGACGUGCGUCCAUGAGAAGAACUGUGCUCAUGUUUGCAAAACGGAGGGGUUUCAUGGAGGCAAAUGCCGGGGAUUUCAACGUCGAUGCUUCUGCACCAAAGCUUGUGCAUGAGGCUGACAUUACCAGCUUCUUCGGCACAAGGGAUUGCUAGGUCGUCGUAUUUUUGUAGUGUUUUGAUUCGCGUGCUUAAUAAUAAAUUGAAACUGAGUUGUAUUUGAGAACGGAGAGUCAAGACCAAAGAGUACUGGUCUGAUAGUCGUGUGUUAUGAUGUCUCCUUCUUCGGUUAAUGCAAUCCUGUGUUCUCUCUCUCUUAAA